GAUGUCCGCACCGCGUCUGGAACACCCCGGCAAACGCACUACGGACGUUGGAGAGGGCGGACUUCAUUUCCCAGAAUGCAUUGACAAUGCGUCAUUUCUUUGGGUGCACUCAUUGGAGGAUUUAGCAACCUCGUUUCCCAGGAUGCCCAGGAGUUAGUGUGCACGUGUGUUGCGUGGACCGAAGUACGUGGUUGUUGUAAGAGGCUGAUCUGCAUCGUCAGCUGGGAAAUCAAGAAGGCUAAAUCGCUAUAAUGUUCCUGCUGUACUAUCUCAACGAGCAGGGAGACAGGGUUUACACGCUCAAGAAAGUAGGACCCUUUGGCCAGCCAACAUGUUCGGCUCAUCCUGCCCGCUUCUCACCAGAUGACAAGUACUCCCGCCACAGGGUCACCAUCAAGAAACGCUUUGGCGUCCUGAUGACCCAGCAGUCUCGGCCGGUGGUAUAAGCCAUGUCCCUCCAGCACCAGCAGAAACCGCUGCAGCCCGUCAAGAUGAGAUCAGCUGCUUCCAAAAUCACCUUGAAGCAAGGCACAGCAGAGAGAAUAGCCACGCCUCCCUUAUGCGGUCUGCUUCUCUGUCGGACUCAGGUUACCCCUGGUGUAUUUUACUUUCCUUUCUUUUUGUUCUUUUUUGUUCCGUGGAGCGAAGAAAUGAAGGCAGUUUUUGCGAAGAGGGUUUGAACGCCUUCCCCCGUCCCUGUUUGAAAUUGGCUGUUAAAUUUCUGGCUUCAAAUAAAUAGAAUGCUCUGUUGUUUUAUUCUC